UCCUUCACCUCCCCCGACUGCAGCACCACCACCGACAGCCUGUCCGACUGCUCCUGGGCAACGUGUUUUCGCUUCACCACUGGCUCGGCGAUUAGCCACUGAACAAGGUCUUGACCUAGCCGCGGUAGCUGCCAGUAAACCAGGUACCGGUAUGGGUGGUAUGCUGUGCGCUGCUGAUCUGGCGGGUGUAAAGCCUGGUGCAGCUAUCGGCGCAGCGUUCCCUUCAGGUGCCGCCUCCAGAGAUUUGCCGAUUUCACCUGCUCGUGCGGCCCUCGGCCGGCGAUUAACAGAAUCACAACGCACUGUACCGCACUAUUAUUUAACUACGGAUAUCGAAGUGGAUGAACUGUUCGAACUGCGUGACCAAAUUAACACUCGCCUAACGAAGUCAGCCGCAUCGAAGGAGGAGGCUGAAAAUGCGAAGGUCACACUAAACGAUAUCAUCAUGAAAGCAGUAGCCGCGACGUGCCUCAAAGUCCCCGACUGCAAUUCUUCUUGGCAAGGAGAUUUCAUCAGACAGUAA